AAUUGAGAAGAAAUAAACGUUCAUUGAAGAUCGAAAAGAGUUGGAGAGAAGCAAAAAUACCAUGAUGAUUCCUGUUUUGCCGCUACUAGCUCUCUUCAGUGUUUCUUCUCCAAUUGCCCAUGCAAGAACUAGCUCGCUCAAAUCCAUGGCCGUCUGCUCCGGCCACAGAGUGAGCAUUCCACUUCCCAGUCACGCUUGGCUGCCGUUGAACCACCGGCGCGGUCCUUGCUCGCCGUUGCCCUCCUCGGCGACGGCGAGCAUGCCCUCGACGGCCGACGUGCUCCGACGGGACCGGCUCCGCGCCGACAGCAUCCGGCAGGGCCUGAACGGCACGGCUGGAGCAAAGCGCGGCGAUGCGACCGUCCCGACCACGCUCGGCUCCUCUCUGGACACCUUGGAGUACGUCGUCACCGUGGGCCUCGGCACGCCGGCGGUCACCCAGACCGUGCUCAUGGACACCGGCAGCGACGUCUCGUGGGUGCAGUGCCGCCCGUGCCCCGCCGCGACGUGCCACCCCCAGAAGGACAAGCUGUUCGACCCGGCCAGGUCGGCCACGUACUCCGCCUUCCGUUGCGGCUCUGCCGCCUGCAAGGGUCUCGGCCGUCAUCUCUACGGCAAUGGCUGCUCCCGGCGCGGCCGGUGCCAGUACGCCGUCAGGUAUGGCGACGGCUCCAACACCACCGGGACGUACGGCGCCGACAAACUGACGCUGAACCCGGCGCGCGCCGUCGACCGCUUCCGGUUCGGUUGCAGCCACGCCGCGCAGCUGUUCACCGACAUGGCCGACGGGCUCGUGGGUCUCGGCGGUGGCUCGCCGUCGCUCGUGUCGCAGGCGGGGACGAAGGCCUUCUCGUACUGCCUCCCGCCGACGCCGAGCUACUCCGGGUUUCUCACGCUCGGCGCGCCGCGCGCCGCCUCGUCGCGGUUCGCGGUCACGCCCAUGUACAGGAGGAGCGACGCCGGCACGUUCUACCUCGUGCUCCUGCGGGGCAUCGCCGUGGCCGGGCGCCGCCUCCGCGUGCCCCCGUCGGCGUUCCGCGCCGGCGCGGUCAUGGACUCGGGGACGGUCGUCACGCGGCUGCCGCCCGAGGCGUACCGCGCGCUCCGGGCGGCGUUCAGGAAGGAGAUGAGGAUGUACCCGCGGCGGGCGGUGCCGCCGUCGUCGCUCCUGGACACGUGCUUCAACCUCACCGGCGACGUCAAGGUCCCGAGCGUCUCCCUCGUGUUCGAGCGGGGCGCCACGGUGAAGCUCGACGCGUCGGGGAUCAUUCUCCGCGGCUGCCUCGCCUUCGCGUCCGCCGGCGAUGACGGGGCCCCGGGGAUCAUCGGCAACUUGCAGCAGAGGACGCUCGAGGUGCUCUACGACGUCGGCGGCGGGGCCGUGGGGUUCCGCCGUGGCGCCUGCUGACUGCUGAGUGGCUGAUCGAUCAUCUUUGCUGCUUGGAACCAUAUGCCAUGCGUGUCAGAGCAGCCUCAAUAAUCUAAGGUAAUACGCCGUGCGAGUGGUAUACCUAUAUAUGUUGGCCAACUUCACUGUACACAAUUUUUCCAUUUAUUUUUUGCCUUCAAAAUGAAUAAUAAAUAAAU